UACAGCCCAGGGCCUGCAGUCAGAGACCUAGGCCUGCAGCUAGCUGAGGCCAGCCAGGCCUACACAGCAGGCACAGGGCAGAGCCCCUGGCUGACACCGUCUGCCACAAAGGCUUGUGGCAUUUCCCAAGGUUCAGACCCUCAGAGAGCCAAGCCAGAAAACAACAGGCAGAUCCAGGUCAGGAUGGGCAGCCCAGUGCACCGAGUGUCAUCUGGGGAUACCUGGAGCAGGCAAGAGCACCCCGACAUAAAGAGCGAGAGGUAUGAGCGGUCCUUCAAUGUGGAACGGCUCACCAACAUCCUCGACGGAGGGGCCCAGCAGACUGCACUUCGGAGAAAAGUUGAGCGCAUCAUCCAUGAUGACCCACAGUUAAAUCUGAAGGAUAAUUACUUCAUGACGCAGAAUGAACGUUACGAGGCCGCCAUUCAGAAGAAAGUCCACAUCCAGAUGCUAGCUCAGCGCCUGGGCUGGCCAGAUAAUGGUCAGGAAUUACGUUACGCUUACAGAGCCCUUUCUGGAGACCUGGCCUUCACUUUACACAACGUCUUCCAGAAUGCUCUCAAGAGCCUGGGCUCGGAGGAACAGAUUGCCAAAUGGGCCCCACUAUGCAAGAAGUUCCAGAUCAUUACAACAUAUGCCCAGACAGAACUGGGACAUGGAACAAAUCUUCAGGGUCUGGAGACUACAGCCACCUACGAUGCAGCCACCCAGGAGUUUGUGGUGCACAGCCCCACGCUUACUGCCACCAAAUGGUGGCCUGGGGACCUGGGACGGUCAGCCACCCAUGCCCUGGUCCUGGCGCAGCUGAUCUGCUCAGGAGCCCAACAGGGCAUGCAUGCCUUUAUUGUGCCCAUCCGGAGCCUCCAGGACCACACCCCACUGCCAGGAAUCACUGUUGGAGACAUUGGGCCCAAGAUGAACUUUGAGCACACGGACAACGGAUUCCUGCAACUGGACCACGUGCGAGUCCCCAGAGAAAACAUGCUGAGUCGCUUUGCACAGGUCUUGCCAAAUGGCACCUACAUCAAGCUUGGAACAAAACAGAGCAACUACCUGUCCAUGGUGGUGGUACGUGUGGAACUGCUGUUGGGCGAGAUCAUCCCCCUGCUCCAGAAGGCUUGCAUCAUCGCCAUUCGCUACUCGGUCAUACGCCGCCAAUCCUACCUCCGGCCUGGCAACCCGGAGGCAAAAGUGCUGGACUACCAGACACAGCAACAGAAACUCUUCCCUCAGCUGGCCUCAGCCUAUGCAUUCCAUUUCCUGGCACAAAACCUCUUAGAAUUCUUCCACACCGCCUUCAAAGCCAUUCUGCAGAGAGACUUCAGCCUCCUGCCUGAGCUCCAUGCACUGAGCUCAGGGAUGAAGGCCACAGUAGCAGACUUCAGCACCCAGGGGACCGAAGUAUGUCGCAGGGCCUGUGGUGGACACGGCUACUCAAUGCUGAGUGGACUGCCAUCGCUGGUUACCAAAGUGACAGCCUCCUGCACCUACGAGGGUGAGAACACGGUGCUCUACUUGCAGGUGGCCAGGUUUCUGGUGAAGAACUAUCAGCAGAUUCAGAAAUCCCCAGGAUUCACAUCACAGAAGUCUCUCCCUAAGUCCAUUGCAUAUCUGGCUGCACCAGUCGUAGCCAGGUGCCCAGCCCAGGGGGCAGCUGACUUCCUCCGCCCGGAGCUCUACACCACAGCAUGGGCACACGUGGCAGCCAGGCUCACCAAGGACUCAGUGCAUAAUUUACAGACUCGAAUGCAAUCUGGGGUUGACAGGGUGGAGUCAUGGAAUCAGACCACUGUCAUACACCUCCAGGCUGCAAAGGCACACUGCUACUAUAUCAUUGUGAAGAAUUUUGCAGAAACUCUGCAGAAACUAGAAGAUGAACCAGCAAUUCAGCAGGCACUCAAACGCCUCUGCGACCUCUAUGCAUUACAUGGCAUCCUGACUAACUCGGGCGACUUUCUCCAUGAUGGAUUCCUAUCUGGGGCCCAAGUAGAUAUGGCAAGAACAGCAUACCUGGACCUGCUCCCCCUCAUCCGGAAGGAUGCUAUCUUGUUAACUGAUGCUUUUGACUUCACCGAUAAGUGUUUAAAUUCAGCACUUGGCUGCUACGACGGAAAUGUGUAUGAACGUCUGUUCCACUGGGCUCAGAAGUCACCGACCAAUACUCAGGGAAAUCCUGCCUAUGAGAAAUAUUUAAGACCACUAUUACAAAGUCAGAGAUCCAAGCUAUGAAAUCAUCAACAGCACUCAAGAGGCAACAUGUGAUAAUGGUACUAUGGCAUAUAUCAUUAAAAUUUUAAAGUAUAUAACGUGUAUUUUUUAAAAAAGUCAUUAUCUUUUAGAUAGUGUCUGAAGUAGAUGAACUAUGUGGUGAUUUACAUCAAAAUAAUAUGAGGGAAGAAAAGGAGGGAAUAAACAGUUGUUGAAAUUCGUGGGUGGGUACUUUUGAAGUUUAAAAUUUCCCAAAAUAAAGAGCACUAUCCAUU